CAGGCUCCAUUCUCUGCCAGGUUUUGGCCUCCUGCUUGCACUCCGGCCUGCACCAUGUCCAUCAGGGUGACCCAGAAAUCCUACAAGGUGUCCAGCUCCGGCCCCCGGGCCUUCAGCAGCCGCUCAUACACGAGCGCGCCCGGUGCUCGCAUCAGCUCCUCCAGCUUCUCCCGAGUGGGCAGCAGCAUCCGGGGUGCCAGUAUGGGUCUAGGUGCUGGAGUGGGUGGGGCAGGGGGCAUCACGGCCGUCACCGUGAACCAGAGCCUGCUAAGCCCCCUGAAGCUGGAGGUGGACCCCAACAUCCAGGCCGUGCGCACCCAGGAGAAGGAGCAGAUCAAGAGCCUCAACAACAAGUUCGCCUCCUUCAUCGACAAGGUGCGCUUCCUGGAGCAGCAGAAUAAGAUGCUGGAGACCAAGUGGAGCCUCCUGCAGCAGCAGAAGACGGCUCGCAGCAACAUGGAUGGCAUGUUUGAGAGUUAUAUCAACAACCUGCGGCGGCAGCUGGACACGCUGGGUCAGGAGAAGCUGAAGCUGGAGGCAGAGUUGGGCAACAUGCAGGGGCUGGUAGAAGACUUCAAGAAUAAGUAUGAGGAUGAGAUUAACAAGCGCACAGAGAUGGAGAAUGAGUUUGUCCUCAUCAAGAAGGAUGUGGAUGAAGCUUACAUGAACAAGGUUGAGCUGGAGUCUCGUCUGGAGGGACUGACCGACGAGAUCAACUUCCUCAGGCAGCUGUAUGAAGAGGAGAUCCGCGAGCUGCAGUCCCAGAUCUCCGACACGUCCGUGGUCCUUUCCAUGGACAACAGCCGUAGCCUGGACAUGGACAGCAUCAUCAACGAGGUCCGCGCCCAGUACGAGGAGAUCGCCAACCGCAGCCGUGCCGAGGCCGAGAGCAUGUACCAGGUCAAGUAUGAAGAGCUGCAGAUGCAGGCUGGCAAGCACGGGGACGACUUGCGUCGUACGAAGACGGAGAUCUCUGAGAUGAACCGCAACAUCAGCCGCAUCCAAGCUGAGAUUGAGGCUCUCAAAGGCCAGAGGGCGAGCCUGGAGGCCGCCAUUGCUGACGCGGAGCAGCGCGGGGAGCUGGCCCUCAAGGAUGCCCAGGCCAAGCUGGCUGAACUGGAGGCCGCCCUGCAGCGGGCCAAGCAGGACAUGGCACGGCAGCUGCGCGAGUACCAGGAGCUCAUGAAUGUGAAGCUGGCCCUGGACAUUGAGAUCGCCACCUACAGGAAGCUGCUGGAGGGCGAGGAGAGCAGGCUGGAGUCUGGGAUGCAGAACAUGAGUAUCCACACCAAGACCACCACUGGCUAUGCAGGUGGACUGAGCUCUGCCUAUGGAAGCCUUGCAAGUCCUGGCCUCAAUUAUGGCCUGAGCUUCCAGUCUGGCUUCGGCCCCGGCGGGAGCUCCAGCUCCAUUACCCGCAAGGCCGUGGUGGUGAAGAAGAUCGAGACCCGUGACGGGAAGCUGGUGUCUGAAUCCUCCGACGUGCUGCCCAAGUGAACGGCUGCUGCCGCUGCUGCCUCCACUUCUGCAGCCCCUCUGCCCAUGCCCCCGCUCCUCCUCCCGGGGCUGUGCCCGGGGCACCUGGGAACAGCCUGCCGCCCACCCUGGAGAGGAAUCUAAUGUCCUGUCCAAGACAUUCAAUUGUCUUUUCCAAAAUAAAAAUUCAAUUGGGUGUGUCCAGCCA